GCGGCGGAAGUGAAGCGCGUAGUAAACAUGGCUGACAGUGGAGUGACAGAUGAUGACAAGAAGGAGGCUCUUAUCGAACGUGUUAAGAAUGAAGGCAAAGAGUUGACUAAAGAAGAGAAGCAGAGGCUGAGAAAGGAGAAGAAGAACCAGAAGAAAAACAAAGAGAAGAAGGAUGGAAAGGAAGAGGAUAAGGGAAAGACGACAACCAGUGUUGCUGUCUCGCAACCAGGUUCCCAAAAUGCUCCCCCAGCAGUGCCUGCCUCUGCAACACUCCCAGUGCCUGCACCAGAAGCUCCUGCUGCCACAGAGAAACCAGCCAAGAGCAAAGCAGAGCUGAAAGCAGAGAGGAGAGCGCGACAAGAGGCUGAGCGAGCUUCCAAACAAGCUGCUGUGAGCAAACCCAAAGCAGUGACCAGCGAGCUGCAGCCAGUCGUGAAACGUCUCCCGGAACACAUCCAGGCAGACAACCCAGAUGUUUUAAAGAAGGUGGCCAAGAAGCUGGAAAGACAGCAGAUCCCGUUACGAGCUGACUACGGCUACAAGGUCAGCCUGGUGUCUCACCUUCACCAGUACAGUCGGAAAGCUCCUUUAACACAACAAGUCAGCAUUCCCUCCUCAGUCAUCCAUCCUGCUAUUGUGCGACUGGGUCUACAGUAUUCUCAGGGCAUCGUUGCAGGGUCCAACGCCCGCUCUGUGGCUCUACUGCAUGCCUUCCAACAGGUAAUAAGGGACUACACGACUCCACCAAAUGAAGAACUGUCCAGAGACCUGGUAAACAAGCUAAAACCUUAUAUCAGCUUUUUGAACCAGUGUCGCCCUCUGUCUGCUAGCAUGGGUAAUGCUAUCAAGUACAUCAAGAAGGAGAUCUCCAAUAUUCCCUCUCAGUCCAAAGAAGACGAGGCCAAGAGCAAACUGCUGGGCUGCAUUGAGUGCUACAUUAAUGAGAAGAUCGUCCUAGCUGCAAAAGCUAUAGCCAAGUACUCCAUCGAGAAGAUCAGUGAUGGAGACGUCAUCCUGGUUUAUGGAUGCUCAUCACUGGUCAACCACAUCCUCUGUGAGGCCUUCGAGAAAAGCAGGAAGUUCCGAGUGAUAGUCGUUGACAGUCGGCCGCGUUUGGAAGGCAGAGAGACCUUGAGGCGCCUUGUCCAGAGAGGCAUCAGCUGCACCUACGUCCUCAUCUCAGCUGUGUCCUACAUCCUUCCAGAGGUGUCCAAGGUGUUCUUGGGCGCUCACGCCUUGCUGGCCAACGGUUACGUGAUGUCACGUGUGGGGACGUCUCAGAUCGCUCUGGUGGCCAAAGCUUUCAACGUGCCUGUACUCGUCUGCUGUGAGACGUAUAAGUUCUGUGAUCGGGUGCAGACGGACUCCUUUGUCUCCAAUGAACUUGAUGACCCCGACGAUCUGAUCGUGACCCGCAAAGGGAAGACGCAGCUGCAGCAAUGGCAGGCUGUGCCCAAACUGGGUCUCCUCAACCUGGUAUACGAUGUGACGCCGCCUGACUUUGUGGACCUAGUCAUCACCGAUCUUGGAAUGAUCCCGUGCACGUCGGUGCCGGUGGUGCUCCGGGUGAAGAACAUUGACCAGUGAGCAUGAGGGGUGCAAAGAAGGCGGUGCUUUUAGCAUGCAAAUAAAUCUUAUCAUCCCAAAUAUACCCACUUCAUUGUGCGUGUC